AUGCGGCGGGUUGUCGUAACAGGUCUUGGUGCGGUGACACCCCUAGGUGUAGGGGUGCGUCGGACUUGGAAGCGUCUGUUAGAUGGUCAUUGCGGUAUCGUCAACGUAAAGGAUCGAGAUGCUAGAUUUGCAGACUUGCCUUGUCAGAUUGCCGCGGUAGUCCCAAGUGGCCCUCGCGCCGAGGGCCGAUGGAUGGCGUCGGAGUGGUUGAGUAGAGAUGAUGAACGGAAGAUGGCGCGUUUCGCGCAGUAUGCGCUGGCUGCUUCGGAGGAGGCGCUAGAGGAUGCAGGCUGGAGGCCAACAGCUGUUGACCAGCUAGAAGCCACAGGAAUUUGUCUAGGGUCUGGCAUUGGCAAUUUCGACGAGAUAUACGAUACUGUUGUAGCGUACGAGAAGGGAGGCUACCGAAAAGUGUCUCCUUUGUUUGUGCCGAAGCUAUUGAUCAACCUCGGGGCCGGACAUAUAUCUAUGAAGUAUGGUUUUAUGGGCCCUAACCAUGCGGCCACUACUGCAUGUACGACUGGAGCGCAUUCGAUUGGUGAUGCUGCGCGUUUCAUCGCUUGCGGGGAUGCAGAUGUGAUGCUUGCCGGCGGAGCGGAGUCCUGUAUCCACCCGCUUGCAGUUGGAGGAUUUGCGAGGGCACGCAGUCUGGCGACGAGCUUCAACGAUAGUCCUGAGAAGUCAUCGCGACCUUUUGAUGCUAAACGUGAAGGGUUUGUGGUUGGCGAGGGUGCGGCAAUGGUGAUUCUAGAGGAACUAGAGCAUGCCAGAGCUAGAGGCGCUCACAUAUACGCCGAAGUGAGAGGUUAUGGAUGUUCUGGUGAUGCCCAUCAUAUGACAGCCCCGAAAGAGAAUGGGGCGGGGGCUCUGCUAGCAAUGAAGAAGGCUCUAAAGAACGCUCGCUUCGAGCCAUCCAUUAUUGACUACGUCAACGCUCAUGCGACUUCGACUAUUGUCGGUGAUGCAGCUGAGAACGCGGCAAUCAAAGCGUUUCUCCUUGGCCCUGGGGGUAAACAACAGGCUGCGGAUGUCAACAUCAGUAGCACCAAGGGAGCUAUAGGACAUCUACUUGGGGGAGCGGGAGCCAUCGAAUCUCUAUUCACAAUUCUCGCUAUCAAAGAGAACGUAAUGCCCCCUACCAUUAACCUGGAUCGCCUGGCUGAGGGUUUCGACUGUAACUACGCGCCAAACCAGGCUCAGGAACGUCGUAUAGACGUGGCGUUGACAAACAGCUUUGGAUUUGGAGGAACUAAUAGUAGCCUUUGUUUUUCCAAGUAUGAUUUACCGGGCCUAUGA